AUUUGCUAAGAAAUGAUGCUACGCUACUAUUUGUAGUGUAAUUUUUGUUUGUUUAUUAGCGAUUUCUAUAAUUUCGAGUGAUUAAUUUCCGUUUUUAACUGUGCAACAAUGGCUUCAUCGAGCAAGUUGCCUGGCACUGGCUUAGAAGAUGUCGGAGUUCCGGGACAAGCCUACCUUCGAGACGCACUCACGAGCUGCACGGAUCCCUUGAAAGCUAUAGAAGAAUUUCAACUCGAAAACGGUAUCCUGUUGCCUUCUUUGAGACCAAUGCUGCCCCUCCUUGAUCUUCAUGGCGUCCGCAGACUAGAUUUUCAUACAUCGGUUUUAGAAGAGCUGAGAGAUAAACUUACAUCGCAUAUCAAUGAACUGGGCUCGAAAGAGAACAGGGAGCAUGACAAGAAACUGAAGGAAUUACUCAAUAAAAGCUUUUCAGUUGUACGAGUGAAGGCUUUACGACCAGUCAUAAUGAGUAUUCUAAAGAAUACACCACAUAUAGACGACAAAUUCCUCAGAGUCUUAGUAAAGGACAGAGAACUGUAUAAUGACACAGAUACUGAAGUGAAACGACAAAUUUGGCAGGACAACCAAUCCCUAUUUGGUGAUGAGGUAUCACCAUUACUAAGUCAGUAUAUCAGAGAAAAGGAGAAUGUAUUAUUUGACCAUGAGAACCUUAACAAUUUGUUCUUUUCACCUUCACCAAAAGUCAGAAGACAAGGCGCGGUCGUGCAGAAACUUGCUCACAUGAUUGGCAACAGUGUUAAAUUAUAUGACAUGGUACUACAGUUUCUCCGCACCCUAUUUUUAAGGACAAGGAAUGUACAUUAUUGUACACUGAGAGCUGAACUAUUGAUGGCUCUCCAUGAUUUGGAGAUCCAGGACAUUAUUUCCGUUGACCCAUGUCACAAAUUCACAUGGUGUUUAGAUGCUUGCAUCAGGGAGCGUAAUGUAGACAUUAAAAGAUCCAGAGAACUGCAAGGAUUCCUGGACAGUAUAAAGAAAGGUCAGGAACAAGUAUUGGGUGACCUAUCCAUGACUUUAUGUGAUCCAUAUGCUAUUAAUUUCUUGGCUACCUCAGCCAUUAAAAUCCUGCAACAUUUGAUAAACACUGAAGGUCUUCCAAGGGACAACACAAUAUUAAUACUUCUUUUGAGGAUGUUAGCACUAGGUCUUAGUGCUUGGGUCAUGAUAGACUCACAGGAAUUCAAAGAACCAAAGCUAGAUAGCCAAGUGGUAACCAAAUACUUGCCUGCAUUAAUGUCCCUAAUGGUGGAUGACCAAGUACGAGCCACACAUAACAAACUGCCCCCAGAUGAAAGAGAAUCUGCUAUUACAACUAUUGAGCACUCUGGGCCCCCUCCUGAUGCUUGUGAGGCUUACAUGCGUGAGAGUUCAGUCUGUGGUGUCCUAGCUAUGUAUUACACCCUGCACGCUGCCAAAUUGCGGGACCGUGGAGCCUUACUCAGAAUCCUCAGUAUCCUGGGCAGUUGUAAAGACGGCAGAGCAUAUGAAGAUCCAUUCUUACAUGCACUAGUUGCACUACUAAUUCAGCUACCGGAUGAAUUCCAGGGAGAAGAUUUCAGCACAGUUUUGUUUGAUGAAUUUUUCUUUGCUGGUCUAUCAAAAGACAAUGUCACAAGACAUUUAUUGAAGCUGCUUUGGUAUAUACAUCCUAAGCUACCGGAAACUAGGAUACAGACAUUAAUGAAAGCGUUGCAACCUGGUACACAACACAAUGAAUCUGUACACAAGCUGUACGAGACUUUACAACAGAAGAUGACUGUGCAAACGGAGCCAGCGGGGCCGAGCACCACUGAGAUGGAGUAUCUGGACUCACCACUUAUGAGUGUGCCCACUCCUGCGCCUUAUCACAUGUAAUAUUUUUAUGUAUUUAACAAUAAGGUUUAUUAACAUUUUAACUAUAAAAU